AUUUGCUUGCUUGGUUGCUAUUCCCUUUGUGUUGUCACAGUCAGUCAGCUCGACACCACUGAACUCUGCACUUUUUUACAGAAAAAUUAUUAUUACGCAUCGAGAUCACCCAACAUUUUGCCAACGUUUCUGCUCUCUUAUCUUACCUUGGAAAAGAUAAGGGGAGAGUAUUUUUGGGCAGUUUGCGAAGCCAGGAAAAGAUUGGAUUUUCAAGUAAGUUUCAACAACUAGAUGGAUGCCUUGCAAAAAUCAUUUAAGGACCGUCGUUCUUUUGGACAACGAGUUCGAGAAGUGGAGCAAGUUCGGAAGGAACAUCCUUCCAAGGUUCCAGUGAUUAUUGAGAGAUAUCGGCACGAAAAUCAACUCCCCCCACUCGACAGAAGCAAGUUUCUUAUCCCAGAACAUGUCAGUGUUGGGGAACUCAUCAACAUUUUGAGGCGAAGGUUGCAGCUAAACCAGUCCCAAUCAGUUUUUCUCAUCGUGAACGGUCGUAAUUUGCCAGCAACUGCCGCAACGUUUGCUGACAUUUAUCGCAAUGAAGCGGAUCCAGAUGGCUUCCUUUAUAUUGUGUACGCGUCACAUGAAACUUUCGGGGGAUCAUCAUCAUCAUAAAAAAUUGCGUUAAUUAAAGAUCUACAUUUGUUAUUAUUUUCAUGCCUCAUUGUUACUAUCCAUGCAGAAUUUUGACGACCUCGUUAAAUAGAAAAUAGAUUUCAAAUCCAGUAAAUUACAAGAUUAUCAUUGGUGCAUAAUAUAAUAGUUAGUUCAUAUUAUCGCACUACGGAGCGCACCAGGUUUCAGACUUAGACUACUAUAAUGUAGAUUUAUCGAAUAUUUAUACAAGUUGACUUGUUUUUGUUUCUCAUUUUCAUUGCGCACAGGCUAAGUUUUUUUCUUAACGGUAUGUCGCUAAUAUUUUUUAUUUAAAUAAUGACGUUUAAUUUUGUAGCUGGUCAGUCCGUUAUUUAGGGUUUAAAACAAAAUUUAUAAUACUAAUAACACAAUACAAACAAAGUCCCCUUUAAUACUUGAACCUACAAAUUAACUAUACAAGUAAAACAUGAGUUGCAACUAUGUAAGUGUGAUCUUAAAUAUGUAGUUUUCUAUGUAAAUGUCCAUGCUCGUAUACUUGCCAGCAUUUCGUAUUUAUUAAUAAAAGUUUUUGCGCACGCAGUUUAUAAUAUGAA